AUGUAUUCCAGAAAGAAGAAGAAGGACAAGUCGAAUGUAUCGUUAGAGGAUCAGAUUGUACAGACCAAUCCGGUACUCGAGGCGUUCGACCUUCUCGAGAAAUCCAGAGUGAUCAAGCAGGCACCCGGAGAGCGAUGUUAUCACAUUUUCUAUCAGAUUUAUUCCGGUGCGGUCAAAGGACUCAAAGGUAUUUUGCUUCUCCCCAGCCACUGA